AUGCCAUGGAGACUGAGUGAAGGUCCACAGUCUUGUACAGACUCAGCUGUCAGGACCACUGCUGGAAGCUGCCCUUCAUCCUCAUCUGACACUUUCCAGUCAACAAAAGGAUCCAUUGAUCCUCAAGGUGAUAAGAAGAGCGUGAUUCAAACAAUGCCUCCAGAUGGAACAACAUUUGCUCGAGUUUCACUUGGGGAGUUGUUGAAGAAACAUUUACCUGGCUAUGGCUAUUGGAAUCUUCAGUUCUUCAUAAUGGAGCCAGGGUAUCUACGAUUCAAUUGGAGCAUCCCUCGAGGAGCCAGCCUGGGGAUCUAUGCCAGACGAAAUGCUCUUCCAUCCCACACUCAAUUCCAUUUCUCCCGUGUGGUACAAGGAUUCCGGAGUACCUCUGUUCCUCUCCGUUCCACUCGCUCCCUCCAUUCUCCUCCGCUGGUCGGAGUUGAAUUUGUAGAAUGGAUGGACAGUGGUCAUUGGUUCGUUUCCAUUUACAAUGAUGAUGGGGAGGAGGAGGAGGCUCAUUUAAGAUGUGUCCAGAACUGUGCAGUGGGCAUGGCGAAUAUGUUGGAGGUGAAUGCAUUUGCCACCCUGGUUGGAAAGGGAAAGAAUGCCACUUGCAGCAUCAUGAAUGUGAAGUUCCAGAUUGCCAUGGGCAUGGCCAAUGCAUUGAUGGCAAAUGUAUUUGCUCUCCUGGAUUCAAAGGGGCUACAUGUGAACAAGUGGACUGUCCACAUCCAACCUGCAGAGGUCGAGGCUUUUGCAUGGAUGGCCAGUGCAUCUGUGAGAGAGGUUGGAAGGGCCCUGAUUGUGGAGAAAUGGACAGUCAGACUCUUCACUGCCUUCCUGAUUGUUCCAGUCAUGGGACUUUCUCUCCAGACACACUUCAAUGUGUUUGUGAUGAAGGCUGGACAGGCAUUGGCUGUUCUCAAGAGACGUGCAAGGAAGACUGUGGGGAAAAUGGAGAGUGUAAAGAUGGAAAAUGCAUUUGUAAAUUGGGAUGGACCGGACCAACAUGUCUGCAACGUCUAUGUGAUCCUCGCUGCACAGAACAUGGCCAGUGCAAAAAUGGCACUUGUAUUUGUUCUCAUGGCUGGAAUGGAGCCCAUUGCAGCCUGGAGGGAUGCCCAAGCUCUUGUAGUGGUACAGGUAAAGGCAGAUGUCUUAGAGGUGAUUCUGAAGAGUGGAAAUGGAUUGAUUGACUGUGAAGAUCCAGAGUGCUGUGAUAAUGAGGACUGCAUUCGAAGUCAGUUGUGCAUUCAGUCUGCUGAUCCAAGAGAGAUCUUGCUGAGAAAGCAACCACCUGCAUCUACUGCUUCCUUUUUCCAACGCAUGAAGUUCCUCAUUGAAGAUGGAAAUAUUCAGCGUUAUGCUCGGGACUCUUCCUUUAAUGAGAGUCGAGCAGCAGUGGUUCGGGGAAGAGUGGUGAUGGAAGGAGGAACUGGAGUCCCUGGUGUUCGAGUUAGUUCAUCUGACCCUAAAGAGGGCUUCACUCUUACUCGUCAAGGAGGCUGGUUUGACUUCCUUGUCAAUGGAGGUGGUUCCAUCACACUUCAAUUUGGGAGAGCUCCAUUUCGUGCUCGCUAUCGAACUCUUCUUGUUCCCUGGAACCAGGUCGUCCUGGUUGAAGAUGUCAUCAUGUCCAAAGAGGAAGAAGUGGAAGUGGGAGAAAGCGAAGGAACAACAAAGGGUCGACCAUCUAUUCCAUGUGUUCCACAUGACCAUGAUGCCAUGAGACCAUUGGUCUUCCCUGCAUGGAAGCAUUCUUUUGUUGGGGGUUGCCCUGAAAUGCCAGGAAUCUUGACAGAAUCCCAAGUAUUGCUCGAGAGCCUCCCCAUCCCUGGCUCAGGAAUACAUUUGCUGUACCUGAGUAGCCGAGCUAGGGGUUUUGCCUCCACACUUCAGCUUCGCCUCACUCCUGAUUCAGUUCCCUCGUUGCUCCGACGUGUUCACCUUCGCAUAUCCAUUGAAGGCAGCCAGUUCUCAAAAGUGUUUGAGGCUGAUCCCAACAUAAAGUUCACAUUUGCCUGGGACAAAUAUAAUGUCUACAGGCAACGGGUGUAUGGAGUGACGAGUGCUAUUGUCCAUGUUGGCUAUGAAUAUGAAGACUGUAGCUUUGUGAUCUGGCAUGUUCAGAGCACCCACCUAUUGGGCCAUGACAUGACAAUCUCAGAUAUUGGAGGAUGGAAUCUGCAUAUCCAUCAUCAUUACAACUUUCAUCAAGGAGUUGUCGAGAGGGGUGAUGGAAAGAGCAUGUAUCUGAGUGAGGAAGCCUAUCAUUUGAAUACCCUUGUGGGUACUGGAAGCAGGCGGCAAUUGAUCUGCACCCCAGAAGAUUGUGAUGUUGCCAGUACCAAGGCUGCUCUCUUGGCUCCCAUGGCCUUGGCCUCAGGCCCUGAUGGUUCCCUCUACAUUGGAGACUUCAAUCUUAUUCGUGCUAGACUUCCUUCUGGUCAACUGUCUACCCUGUUCUCCCUCAACACUUCUAGCGUGAGCUAUCGAUACUACAUGGGAGUGAAUCCUGUCUCAGGGCUUCUGUAUGUGAGCAUUCCAGAAAAUCACCAGAUCAUUAGGGUUGACCCAAUCACUAAGAAGUGGGACAUUGUUGUCGGCAAUGGAGAGGAGUGUCUUCCAGGAGACGAAAGUCAGUGUGGAGAUGGCUCACGUGCUCGAGAUGCCAAACUCAUAUAUCCCAAAGGCAUUGCAUUUACUUCACAUGGAACCAUGUAUGUGGCUGAUGGAACCAAUAUUCGUGUUGUGGAUCAAGAUGGACUCAUCAAUACAUUGAUAGGAAGUCAACAUCAUCGAGGACAUUGGGAACCUUUUCCAUGUUCUGGUUCCAUUCCUAUUCAUGAGGUCUCAUUGAGAUGGCCAACUGCUAUGGCAGUGAAUCCUUUGGAUGAUACAUUAUACUUCAUUGAUGACAAUCUCAUCCUUCGUGUCACACGUGACUUUCAAGUACGUAUGGUUGCAGGACAGGGACUUCACUGUCCUCGAAAGACCCAGGGUUACUCUCCUGAUGUUGCAGCCCAGGCUUUUCUCACAUCCCCACAAUCACUAGCAUUCUCUCAGAAUGGGAAUCUUUAUGUAGCUGAGAGUAACAGUGAACGUGUGAACCGAGUACGACUAAUUCAAUCUGAUGGGACCAUCCAUCGAUUUGCUGGUGCAGAUUCCAAAUGCAAUUGCCUUGAACCAGAUUGUCAAUGCUUUGUUGAAGCUGAAAGAGCCACAGCUGGGAGGUUUGGCACUAUUUCAUCCCUGGCAGUGUCUCCAGAUGGUGUUGUUCACAUUGCUGACCAAGGAAAUCUGAGGAUUCGCUCUGUGCAUGCGCAGUUGCCUACUCUUGAUGAAGAUUUCAUGUAUCGCGUACCCUCUCCAUCAACCAAGGAGAUGUUUGUCUUCAAUCGCUUUGGUCAGCAUGUUGCUACUCGUGACCUCAUCACUGGCCAAGAAAUUUAUACCUUUUUAUACACUGUAAACACCAGCAAUGGAAAGCUAAGUGGUGUGACUGAUGCCUCUGGCCGCAAGAUUUCCAUCCUUAGAGAUUACAAGAACGAUGUGAAUGCCAUUGAAAACUUCCAGAAUGAGAAAUGUCACUUGGAAAUGUCUCGAUUGAAGCAGCUAGCUUACUUCAGUUCUCCAGAACACCACAACAUCACCUUCACUUAUCAAGGCGCCAUGGGUCUCUUGACAAGUCGCCUGGACAACCUGGAAAUUUCUUUCAAGUAUUCCUAUGAUAUUCAUGGAAGGCUGAUAUCAGCAGUCUUGCCAACAGGGGAUGUGGUGGAGCUGGCUUUCAACCUGGAUGCACGUGGAGCCAGUGUUCUAAUGACACAAAACACUGACUUCCCUGUCUCAUUCUUCAUUCAGACCUCUACUGUUCGAACUAUGAUUGGAGAGUCCCAGAGUUAUGUGUCUCUGAAGGAAGAUGGCCGAGGGAUUUGGAGCCUUCCCUGGGAUCAUCGUAUAACCCUCGAUCCAUUCCCUGGGCAGCUGAGUCUGGAAGUUGCUGGGGAGUUGGUCAAUCAAGUCACAUGGCACUACAACAAAGUAAAAAAUAAGGGUGAAAGCCGUUUUCUUGAGGACUCUUCUUCUUGGUCUGGGAUCUUCCAGAAAUCCAUGUGGGUCAAUGGCCAGGAAAUCCUCAGCAUGGAAUAUUCCCCUAAAGAUCGAAUCCAAGCUGUUGUUGCCAAAAAGAGAGGGCAGCUUCUGAACAUCACUUAUGAUACCCUUGGACGGCCCAUUCGCUGGGAUGCUCCAGCUGGACUUGCCCCGUGUUUGGUCAAGUACGACCAGUAUGGAAGAUUGAUAAUGCUGGAAUGGGGCCGAAUUCUUUAUAGGUAUGUCUAUGAUACUCAGGGUCGCAUUAAGGAAGUGCACCACAAUGGCCUCCUCCAAGUCACCUUCUCCUAUCCUCCAACUUCAUCAAGAAAGCCUCAGAAGAUUCAAUAUGCAGGAGGAGAGGAGUACCAAAUGGGGUAUGAUACAGUUGGAGGAUUAUCAGCUAUCACAACACCUCGUGGAACUCGUCAUCACUUUUCUCUUCAUCCUACGUUUGGCUCUUAUACCCUCCUCUAUGUCACACCCUCUUCUCCAUCUCCCUAUGCACUCUCUGUGUCAUCUUUUGGCCAAAUACUUAAGUCCUCAGGACCUGGGCAUUUGGCGAGGGUGUAUUAUGGAUAUGGAGAAGAUGGACUCUUGUCAGAAGAACUCUUUGGACGAGCAUCGAUCACGUACACAUACAGUAAAUCCAGGCGGCUCCUUCGCAGUGUACGAAUCACAUCCAUUGAAGAUUGGCUUCAGCAGAUUGAUUACAUAUAUCAUGGAGGCUUAUUGAAGCAGGAACAAAUAGAGUUUGUGUCAACAUCUCAAGGAUCUACCUUACGGGCAAUUGUCAAGUAUCAAUAUGAUGGAAAUGCUCGAUUGUCAAAGGUAGAGAUCCAGAUCAACGGUCAAGAGAAAGAAGCCAAGCGCUUUCACACAUCUCCUUGGGAUGCAAGAGUGGAACGUAUAGAUCACUUGGAGAUAUCAUAUCCAAGUGAAAAUAAAGUUCUCCUUACCCUAGAAGAAGAUUCCUUUACAGGGAUCUACAUCAGUGGUGAAGAAGGGUAUCUCGAGGAGAAAGUCUUCACCUGGAGGCAUGGGGAUAUUUGGAGCUUAAAGGUCAACUCAAAUGCCAUGGGGAAAGUGGUUGAUACUCUUGUUACAGUUGGUAACAAAGGUAUUUCAACUCGGACUUAUGCAUACAAUGCCAAUGGACAACUGUCAGAAGCAACUGUUGGUGAUCGUUCAUUUGCCUAUGGUUAUGAUGAAAAUGGAAACCUUGUGAGAAUCAAGGAAGAAGAGGCAGAAGUGAAGCUCACCUAUGAUCAAGCUGAUCGCUUGGCUUCAUAUGAUGGGAGAUCUUGGAAUGAAUAUGAUGAGGAUGGGCGAACAGUUCAUUCCCAUGCUGGAGAGUUGGCUUUUAUUUAUGAUGCUAAGUCUCAACUUAUAGAAGUGUACAAGGAGGAUGCAUUUAGAAUUUCGUAUGCAUAUGAUCAUCUGGGGCGUUUGGUGAAAAGAUGGGACCAUCAAGGGCAUUCUACAAUAUUCUUCUACACAGAUCCUAGUGAAAAGUCAAGAGUGACUUUUGUACAUUUCCCAGAGAAAUCUCAGACUCUAUCUCUCACCUAUGAUCAUCAUGGUCAUUUGGUGGUCAUGGAAAGAAGUACAUGGCAAAAACCUAGACAACGGUUUUAUGUUGCCACAGAUCACGUUGGUUCCCCUUUGGUUGUUUUCAGCAAGGAUGGGCAAGUGGUGAAGACCAUUGAACGAACGCCAUUUGGAAAAAUCUUGAAUGAUUCAAAUCCUGAUUUGUACCUCCCUGUGGAUUUCUCAGGGGGAAUUUGUGAUCCCCAGACUGGCCUCAUACACUUCAGUUCCCAGGUUUAUGAUUCCUGGAGUGCCCAGUACUUAAAUCCUUCUUGGAUGAAGAUGUUCGUACAUCUAACUAGUCCUCUUCAACUAUUUAUUUAUCGCUUCCGGGACAAUGACCCAAUAUCGCCCAAAGUGGCCUCUGCUCCAUUAACCAUGUCAGGUGACUUGGUUUCCUGGCUUUCUGAGCUGGGUUAUGAUUUGGAAACUCUUUUGGGAAGCUGGCACAUGGAGAAGGAGCGCCUUGACAGGGGAGGAGUAAGAAGCUCCUCUCUUUCCUCCAGCAUAAUUCAGCUAAGGAGUCCUUUCAAAUUGAUAUCUGGGCUGGAGUGUGAUAUCCAUGCAAGCAUUCAGUCCUUCCAGGACUUGAGUCUCCUCACAAGAGGUGAAAUGAUGCAAGGGUCAAAGAGCAUCCUGCCUCACCUGGGUCAACAUCUGGCAUCUCGAGUUCCUCCAUUUGGACGUGGGAUCUUGAUGUCCCGAUCCCGCAUUGACGGUCGUGCCGUCGUGCAGUCUGUCACUGGUGCUAAUCCAAUACUCCUGGACGUCAUCACAUCCGUGUUCAAUGAUUCCCACCCUCUGGACUUACAGUUCCUAGACGGAACUCAAGAGAAGUUUUAUUUCGUGAAGACUGGUCCUGCACAAAGGAACAAUGAUGUGGAGCAACUCCGAAGACUUGCUCGAUUCUUCAAUGUGUCCACGGAGGGAAAAGUGAUUCGUUUGUACAAUUGGGACACAGACAUCCGUAUCCAUUAUGGCCCGUCUGUGGAGGAGGUCCAGAAGGAACUUCUAGCUGGGAUACAGACUGAGACAAUCCAGAAAGCUUGGUUGUUUGAGCGCAGUCUUGUGGACAGAGGAUUUGUUCACAAAUGGAGUCCUGAGGAAGUCCAGGAGCUCUUGAAUACUGGUGUUGUGCGAGGUUAUCGAGGUGUACUGUCACACUCGAGACCAGACAUGAGUGGAGACCCAGCCAAUGUCGUGUGGGAAAGGACCUGACCUGUGUUCCAAGACCUCUCACUCUCCCAAGCCCCAAUGUAGCUUUCAAUAUGCAACCAACUUAGUCCUACAGGACUUCACUCUUCCUACCCUUGUGAUAUUGUGUCCCAGAAUCAAGAUGGGACAAAAUAAGAUUUCCAGUGCUUGAUGAACCAGUGAUCAGCAGCUGCAAGGAAGGUGAAUCCUGUUCUCUCAUUUUCUCCACAAAAGGUUCAUAACUUGUGUGGAUUUGUAAGGAUUGUUCCAAGAUGUCAUCCAGUUUUCCACAGUCUCAAACUGGUGUCACUUGGUGACCUUUGUUAUUGAAAAUUAGCUAGUGUACUCUAGUGGGAGAAAGCCCGAGAUGUGAUGUCUAAAGACCGGCCCUUCUACAAGAGCUGAAACAGACCGCCUGCCAAAGUCAAUCAGAGCCCUGCUAACUUCCAUCGCAUUACUGAAAGAGCGCAUUACUGAAAGAGAGCUCAUACUGUGACAGGCAGUAACCACUGUGAUACUACAGGGUGAAUUGGCGUGCUUUAUCUUGGAGGCAGAGAAAGUGUCUGUUCUGGAGUUCAGUCUUGUCAGACAUGUCGUACUCGAUCAUCUGCAGGAUGACAGGCCGAAAUGGACUUGUUCAACUUUUCUCUAUCUCCCUCUCCUCAGAUGUUGAGGUGUCUGGCUCGGGACGACCAGUUGUUCCAUGGCAAUAACCUGGGAGUACGCUUACCAAGUGAUGGCUUGUGAUCUCAUUUUUGUUCGUUUUUUUUAUCGUCUCCCUCCCCAGUCUUUUCUCUACAUGUCUUUUGAUGGAACUGUCCCCCAUUGGUUUGUGAAAAUGGUGCGAUUGUGCAGGGACCUAUAGGCGUUGCGUGCCUUCAUCUGACUCCGACUUUGACUGUAUGCUUUACUCAUUCCCCAAGUGCAUGUUUCUUAUCUUCCAACAUCACAUGGAAUCGUGAAAUAAAGAGAUAUUCCAAUGCAUA